UUUUUAAUUUAGAGCGCGUUGUGGUUUUACUUCAGAGCACGUUACGUUUUUACUUUAGGGCGCGUUGCGUUUUUACUUUAGUGUGCGUUGUGGUUUUACUUGAGAGCACGUUACGUUUUUACUUUAGAGCGCGUCGCGUUUUUACUUGAGUGCGUGUUGCGCUCUAACCCGGAUUCGCUACAUAUAUUCUAAUCGUUAUUACAAUAUUUUACAAUACCGCAGUAUUCAACAAUUAUUAUAAAUACAGCUUUCCUUUAUUGGAUGAUAUCUCAGAUUAGGAGAUGAAUGGGCUAAACCCUGAAAAUCGAUUUGGAUGUUCGAUCAAAUUCGGACCAGAUGUCGCACUACUUGCAUAGAAUGCUUUAUAAAUACAUAAUGAGAUAGGGAUAACAUUUGGCCACGUUGAUACACGUUUCAUUGAAUCAAAAUUAUUGCAAUAAACUGUGUUCACAAAAGUGACGUGUUCCAUUAAAAGAAUGACACAUAUCUAUUUUUUCAUUAAAUUCUUCCUUCGUUUAAUAAUCGGAAUCGGUUAGGUUAAAACCUGUAUUAUAUACAAAUCUAAACUUCAAAGAGAAAAAUGCGUUUCCACCGACAGAUAAUUCAACUUAUAUCUGUGAUAUAUAUUGUAAACUUUACAAGGGCAAAGAAACUUUGUGACAUCCGUGUAUGGUAUCUUAACUUGAUAACAGAUGACGUGUUCGAUGUUGACCUUACAGACGAGCAGCUCAAUCUCAAAAACAGCAUAGAAUCUCUGGUCCUGAAAGCGUCCGAGAGUCGUGAAACUCGCAUGGUGCACUGUUCAGUUUUAUACAUGUACAAUGACAUGCUGAAGGAUUCAUUUAACUAUACUCCUUCCAUUUCUGGAAUGUCUUUGAAAGAAGUUGAAACUGAUAAUGAUAAUGAUGUCAAAAACGCAGAUAUGACACCAGAUACAGAAGACAAGGCAGAGGAACAGUUUACAGAAAACACAGGCGAAAUAUCAGAAACUAAUGAUGGCACCGAUGCUACAAAUACAAACACUGUCGAAGAAAAUCUAGAAAAUUAUGGUAAUAAGGAUCUUCACGAUUCUCAAAAUGCAAUGGAAGAUACCGAGGAAAGCGUAUCUACAGAUGACGAGCACAACAUUGAAAACAUUCAAACAGAUAAAAUUGAUCAUCUAUCCACAGAAGAAACCACUAGAAAUCUUGACCGUGUCGCUGAUAACAUUGACGAAACUGAACUACUGGAAGAUUCUGAUCCUGAUUUGUCAUUAUCUCAUGACUUUUCCGAAGAAGUCGUGCAACCAAAUCAAAAGAAUGCCGACGAAACACAGCGUGAUAAGGAAAAUGAGUUAUCUGCCAACGAGGAAGAAUUAUUCGUGACAAGUUCAAUCCCUUUUGGUGUUUGUUGGUCAUUUGGAUGUUUAAUGUCCGAUAUUUUCGAUGUAUAUAAUAGAGAAGGACUAGAUGACGUGUCACAAGAGCUUAAAGAUAAACCAAAGUCAGUGCUAAAAGCUAGAAACAAACCUUUAACAAAACGAAAGGUUAAAAUCAAGUGCCCAAUAGGCCAAUUUUGUACACUUAAGUGUUUUUAUAAGUUUUUGUUAUCAAAGUCAUUUUGCAUGAAAGAUUAUGUGUACAGUAUUUCACUUCCAACAAAGAAAAUUUAUGAACCAAUGCAUUAUAGUAAUAAAGACAUUCAGUAUGAAAAGAAAAGUAUGGACGCAGAUUCGGGACAUUUUGGUAGUCCUCGCGAUAUGAUUAUCGAGUCAAAUGCUGAAACUGAAGGGCCAGUUCAAACCCUUCAUAAAACAAAUUCUUAUUCUUCAAUUAAGUACGUGGCAAAUGCUCGAGAAGACAUUGAUACAAUCACUAAUGCUAAAGAAGAACAAAACAGAAAUGCAAAAGGGAGAGAAAACCAUGGUUAUUUUACUGAAAACAGCGAUGAAAGUAAACUGUCAAGGACAGAAUUUGAGAAUAUUCUUGAACGAAAGACUAGUCAGUACUAUUCAAAGAUACAAACUAUUGAAGUUAUGAUCAUGAAACUUGAAAAUAAGUUACUUAUGGAAGCUUUGAAUAAACAAAAUCACUCCUCUACGAUUACAAAACUUGAAAAUCAAAUUCUUAAACUGGAGAACGAGCUUCUGAAAAUGAAUAAAAAUUAUCAGAACCUCCGUGAAGAAUCCGAAAGCAUGAGCAGACGACAAAACAGAUAUUUAGAAUUAGCAUACAAAAAAUCUAGGAAGGAAUACCCUAAAUUACCUGACCAUAGUAAAGAGAAAUAUGAGCUUAUAACACAACAUCAAACUAAGAUAAAUGAACUUGCAGAAGUUCUUAGAAAUCAAUCCAGUAUUAUAAUGGAACUAAAAGGAAAAUAUGAAAGCCUUGAGGAGCAAAAUAAAAUGCUUCAUCAAAUGGUUAUGAACCAAACAAUUUUUAUGAGUUCAAUAGUUAAAACUGUACAAGACCUAACAGAUCAAAAUAUCAAAAAUCAGAACGAAAUAAAAGUUCUUAAACAAAAGGUAGAGACACACACUGGUGUUCAUGAAAAUGUAAAAGGCGGUAAACAUAAAAAUAGAGAAAAUGUUAUAGAUGAUCUUGAUACAUUACUUUUUAAUAAUAUGUUACAAAAACGUCGCUCCGCACAUAAUGGUAAAGAAAGUUCAGGCACCGAAGACAUCGAUGAAAAAGACGAGGAAGAUGCCAGAUCUAAUAUGAAAGACGAUGUUGAGAAAAAGUCUGUUAGUAAUAUAAUAACAAACUGGUGUCCAAGAGACAACAGGACUUGUCCGUCUUGUCAUUACAGUCCCAUUGUAUAUUCAAGCUGCAUUCCCUUCCGAAAUAUAGUUUGGUCAACAUGUAAAGUAAAUAAUUUCGAAGAACAAAAAGUAGCAGACAGUGAUUAUCCUACUAUACCCGAUGUGAAAGAUGAAGGGAAAGGAAAUGAAAUAUAUAACAACGGACAGGAUACAAACAACAUACAGAAACACGAAUUUCCUGCGCAAUCAAGCGAAACAGAAGAGGAAACUUUCGAUGAUAACCUUAAAGUUGUCCAAAACGAUGAUGGUAGGGUAUCUGAGCAAUCUUCUGAAGAUACUUCCGACAGUUUGAAUAGGGAAGAGGCUACACAUUCAGGAGGAACUCAUGCCUUCGGUAGAUACAUUAUUGUUGGAUAUGAUAAAGAUGGUAAACCUGUUUUUAGAAUUCGGGAGAAUACUGUAGACAAGGAAAAGUCUGUUGAAACUGCAACAGAAGAAGACAAAAACAGUUUUGAAACAAAUAGUGAAGCUAAAAGUAACGGAAUUAGUUUACAGGUAUCGCAUAAAGAAGAGUCAAAAGGUCAAGAGGACAUUAAAAAUAAGGAAUCAGAGAAAGAAAAACAAAUUUCAGUAGAAGCAAGAACAAUCGAUAGUCCUCUAGACCAAGAUUCUCAAGCAAAGGAUACGAACAAUGGUAGAUCUGAAAAUAUUCUAAACACAGUUAGUAAUGGAGGAGAUAGUAUAGACAAACAUAUUAAUAACAAAGAUUCUGUCGCACAUAAUACUCCUGUUUCUGAUAACAAAAAGGACAGUCGGACGGAGAAAGCAAGUCUUGUCAAUCAAGAGGACAAUUUAAGCAGUAAAGAUGUUGCUCCAGAAAGUAAGAAAGAAGAAAGUAAAACAGUACGUAAAGAAGACAAAGACAGUGUCACACAUGGUAAUCAUGUUUCUGAUAAAACCAAAGAAAUUCAAACUGGAAAAGAGAGUCUCCUUAUUAAUCAAGGGGACAAUUUAAAUAGUAAAGAUGAUGUUCAACAGAAUAAACAAGAAGAAAGUAAAACAGUUCUUAAAGACAACAAAGAUAGUGUCAUUAAUGACGAUAAGCUUAAUAGCAAUCAAGGUCAGGAAAAAGCUGUAAAUGCCAACAAUGUAAAAGCAGAAACUAAAAAGCAGACAGAGAAACAAAAGACAACAAACGCUGAAAACAAACCUAAAGAAAGAAAAAUUCCAAUUAAUCUCAACAAAAACAAACAAAAUGAUCCUAAAGACUGCUAUGACUAUUACACUAAAGGGGAAAGGAGGGAUGGGUUAUUCAAGGUUAAACCACUCGGUUCAGAUAGGUUAGUUGAGGUCUUCUGUGAUAUGAGACGAGGUGGUUGGACUGUUAUUCAAAGGCGGCAAGAUGGGACUACCAACUUUUUCCAGGAGUGGGACGACUAUAAGAAAGGCUUUGGAGGUCUCUAUGGAGAACACUGGCUUGGAAAUGACAACAUACAUCUCCUGACCAAUCAAGAUUACUACAAACUGCGAGUAGACCUCAUGGACUGGGAUAAAACUAAGAAAUAUGCCGAAUUUGACUAUUUCCUUGUCGAUAAUGAGGAAGAAGGUUAUAAACUUCAUAUUGACGCCUAUAAUGGCGAUGCUGGGGAUGGCCUUACUAAACAUGAUGGAAGCAAAUUCUCCACUAAAGAUGUAGACAAUGAUAAAGUAGUUAAAGAGUUUGGUGGAAGUUGUGCGAAAAGAUUCUAUGGUGCUGGGUGGUAUUACAAGUGCUAUUCUUCAAACCUGAAUGGCAAAUUUUAUAAAGGUGGAAAAAUUCCAGAGAAAAGAUUUGAUGGAAUUACUUGGAAACCUUGGACUGGACCAAAUUAUUCAUUAAAGAAAGUGGAAAUGAAAAUUAGACCUGCUUCAGCUAAAAAGUGAAUAAUGAAAAAAGUAUUGCAAGGGAAAAUAAUCAUCAAAUAUUUUGUUUAAACCAAUGUGGCCCUAUCAGGAAAAAUAUUGGUACAAGUCAACUUGUUUCCAUACUUGCAAGAUAAUUUUCAAAGACAUUGCAUUUUGUUUAAAUGACCAUGCGCAUGAUCGAUGGACAUGUAAGUGCAUUUCCAACCAUGGAACACAGUCUACUGCAGCUUGGUCCUAGGGAAAUUUCAUACAUGUAUGUCUAUCCUUAUGCAGAACAAUAAAUGUCCUCAAAAACGUUCAUGCUAACUUUAAUUGAAUCACUCCCUACAGACAAAUCUACUUGUUUAACCCUUACCAUGCUAAAUUUCUGUAACAAACUUGUCCAUUUUUCAAUUUGGACAGUACCAUUAACUGUGAAAAGGGGUUCUUACCUAAAAGAUACUGACUGAAUGGCGAACAGUACAGAUCAUGAUGUGAAUGUGCAGGCUGAUCAUGAUCUACACUGGUCGCAAAGGCAGAACCAAUCGUGUCCAGCAUGAUAAGGGUUAAAACAUAAGUAACUUGUUUUAACAAAAUAUGUUCAUUUGAUCUAUAUAUUGUAUGUUUAUGAAUUUCAGUUAUAUAUCAUCAUAACUAUAUUGAUUUUUAAAUAACUUUGCAUUCAUAUGACAAUGUACUAUGUACAAGUCGGAAAUAAUUAUCUGUUCUGUUCUUUUACAGGUACAGUUGAAAGGCUAGAUUUUGUGAUUAGUAUGCAAUGCUCUGGAUUUUGGCAUCAUAAUAUGAGCCGCACCAUGAGAAAACCAACACAGUGCAUUUGCGACCAGCAUGGAUCCAGACCAGCCUGCGCAUCCGCAGUCUGGUCAGGAUCCAUGCUGUUCACUUUUAAACCCUAUUGUAAUAAGAGAAACCAUUAGCAAACAGUACGGAUCCUGACCAGACUGCGUGGAUGCGCAGGCUGGUGUGGAUCCAUGCUGGUUGCAAAUGCACUAUGUUGGUUUUCUCAUAGAGCGGCUCAUAUUAUGUAAAAUAGAAAUAUCUCUCGAUCAAGAGCACCAUAUUUUACAUUUUCAAAUGGCUGUGCCAUUAAUGAAAAUAUUGCAUAGCUCACGCAGUGAAAUAUAUUGUAGUCUUGCACUGAAACAAACAAAUAGUCUCUAUUUCUUCAAUAAAAAUAGAAAGUCUUUUGACAUGACUUUUGUACACUCCAUGAGAAAUAUGAUCGAUUCUUAUUGGGAUAAACAGAAAUCCACAAAAAUGCUAGUUCAGAAUGCGAAUGAAGACAACAAAUUCAAGUAGAAGAUAGCGUAAGAUUAAAAUAUCUGUCGCGUAGUGAAUAUCAGAUGCAAUAUUUUCACAAGUGACAUCACUGUAGUUGAAACUGCAAAAUAUGGAGCUCCUGUGUGAGAGAUAUUUGAGCCGUGCCAUGAGAAAAUCAACAUAGUGGGUUUGCGACCAGCAUGGAUCCAGACCAGCCUGCGCAUCCGCGCAGUCUGGUCAGGCUCCAUGCUGUUCGCUUUUAAAGCCUAUUGGAAUUGGAGAAACUGUUAGCGAACAGCAUGGAUCCUGACCAGACUGCGUGGAUGCGCAGGCUGGUCUGGGUCCAUGCUGGUCGCACACCCACUAUGUUGGUUUUCUCAUGGUGCAGCUAUU